AUGUCUCAUAGAAACAGCGACAAUAACUAUGUAUAUCGCGGACGGCCUCGUUCGUCAAAGCGAGGCAUGUCACGAGGAACCUCGGGUCCGGACGACCAUAAUUCCUCGCGGUCCACUGACAACAGUCCAGCAAACAUGCACGCCCACCGCCAGAAUAUGCCGCGUGCUCCAAAUGGCAUAUGCAACUUUUACUGGUCGACAGGUGCAUGCAAUCGUGGUUUCGAGUGCACGUUCCGUCAUCAGCCAAACACAAAUGUCGUGGAGGCCAGCGCUAUCGUAGCGCCAUCUGAUGACAUCGAUCAAGCGCCUGAUUUCUUCUCCACAGAAGGCCUCGCUUUCAACAACGGAUCUGUCAGGAAUGAGCAGCAUACUUUAAAACCGAGCGAGGCUCAUAACCAUCUCAAGCAGUUCACUCCCAAUAACUUCGUAUUCUUGAGGCCGUUACAAGUGGAAGGAUUUGCACGGAUUUUCGCCAGUGUCGAUGCACGUAACAAACACUGGAAUGCUGAUACUGCCCAGUCUUUUCUUGAUAGCAUCGUCAACGGAAAUGCUCUCUUUCGGAUUGGAGAUGCCCUCCGUUGGGAACCGGUCUCUAUCCGUGCAGGCUAUCUCGCUUCGGAUCUCGUACUAAGGAGCACUGUUCAUCACAAUAUCAAUGCCCUUUACACUCUCAUCGAAAACAACUACGAUGUCAUACACGCAAAUUUACAUACAUGCAUUGGGGACAUGAUGCAAGCCAUGAGCUGGGCAGACCCCACACCCGGCCUCUCGGCUGCACGUAAGGGGACACUGGACGGAGUCAUGGUAUUUAAAACUUUGUCAAUCGUAUUAUCUCAGUACUUUUCUCGAUUCAAAAGCGCGAUUCAAAAUCACCCACAAAUAUCGUCUUUGGUCAAGGACAUCACGACUUGGUUCGACACAUGGUCUACCGCUGUUUCGAGUUCUACGCCACGUUUCGCAGAUCCCAUCAUAUCAUCCUCGAAGAAUGUGAAGAUCCUUACUAUUGGCCAGCUCCGUGAUGAUGUGCAUCGUCUUAGGGCGAUCGUUCUUAGAGAGUCAGGACGUGCGGAUCAAUCACGCAGGCCCGGUGCCCGAUCUACUACUGUGUCUGCCGCACAGCGGCGAGAGGCCUUGAUAGCGAGGCUGAGGCAGACGUACGAUCCUCCCGGAGAGCUGCGUGAGGGUGGUCAGGUCCGUCACGAUAACGAUUUCUCCGAUAUUGCCAAGAUUCGCAUUGCCCCUACACACAAAGAGCUCAUGUCCCCAAUCGAGCCUUAUCUCCCCAAGUUCGUUCCGGGAGCUCCCCACCAUUUACCUGCAAAUUCUAUGGAGAGGCAUCUUGACAUCCAGUUCCGGUUGCUGCGUCAGGAACUGAUUCAUACUAUUCGACAAUCGAUCUCUGUUUUGCAUAUGGACCUUGAGAAAAUGUGGACAUCACCCCGUCAAAAGCGAAAGCCGACCAAUCUCGAGAAGGUCAUCGAUAACAAUGGAGGAGCAUAUAAAACUUCUGGUCAUGACUCGGUCUUCUUCCACAUGUACACGAACGUCCAAUUCUCUCCUGCGAAAGCUGAAAGGAGAAACUUUGCUGUCGGUCUCUCUGUCGAUGCCCCACCUGGGCCUGCCCGGGAUCCCUCCUCCAAGAAACGGGCUGAGUAUUGGGAACAUUCACAGCGACUUAAGAACGGAAGCUUGGUGGUGCUGGUCCUUGUUUCAUCGAAUAGCUCCCAAAUCUAUCUCGGCACGAUAACUUCUAUGGGAACUGACAUAGCCGAGUCAGCAAAAGCCUUGACAGACCGGAUCCAGCUCCAUGUGUCAUUCUUUGACGCAGAGAUUGAGCUUGCCGCACUUCGGCAAGACAAGUUUGCGUCAGGAAAAUCGAAAUUCGGCCUCUUGAUCGAUAAUAAUAUCAUGUUUGAAUCUAUUCGCCCAUUCUUGGAGACUCUCCAGACCGUGGAGCCGACUUCAAUCCCAUUCUCUCGCUACAUAGCCCAGGAUGCAACUCUAAAGAAUGUUCCUGUCGACCUUCCUCGAUAUGCUAGGGUACCUGGUUUCAAAUUUGAUCUCACCUCUUUGGCUCGACCGGGACAGCAUAUACAAAGUAUGAAUGCUCAGGACCAAAUUUCUGUUGCGCGAGCCCGUCAAGAACUAUGUCGUGCAAGCGAUCUUGACCCGUCUCAAGCUGAAGCUAUGGUGGAUGCCCUGACCAGAGAGGUAUCACUCAUCCAAGGGCCUCCUGGAACAGGAAAGGUGAGCCUUGAACCGAAACAGACUAUUUCCGCAUCGUUCAUGCCUUCUGGACAGAGCUAUACAGGGAAAGAAAUAUUGCGAGUUCUCUUCGCAUCUAAAAUCAAACCUAUAGUGCUCAUUGCAUUCACAAAUCAUGCUUUGGACCACAUGAUUUCAUCGAUCUUGGAUUCAAAAAUUACCGACAACAUUGUACGUUUGGGAUCCCGGUCAACGGACGAACGUAUUGCUGAGUACAACCUGGGCAAGCUGGAGAAGAUGGGGGGCAGAACUAUGCUUGAUAGAUCUAUUCACCGAGAAUAUGCUGCCAUCAAAGAGAUCGAGGAGGAUAUGCAGAACAUAGUCCAGAUAAUCCAGAUCCCCCGCCUCUCGUGGGAGAAGUUAGAGCAAUUUCUUGAUAUCCACUACCCAGAACAGGCCGAGUCUUUGAGAAGUCCACCUUACUGGAUCUCCCAUUUGAUCGAGCAGAUACGAGCUGACGAGGCCACAAACGGCGAGUGGACAAGAGUUGAGGCGUCAUCAUCCCGCAAGCAGAGGGACGAAAAUGAUCCUGAAUUGCGGAAUGGACCUUAUGGUUUCUGGAAACGAGCUGGAGAUCUCGAUUUUAUCCAACCUCCGCCCCCAACACAGUCCAAAACUCCCAAGGGGAAGAAGUCCAAGUCUAGAAAGCGGGCACAUACCGACGAAGUUGCGGCAGAAGACUCACCAGCUGAUCCUAUCACUGACCCUCGACUAACCUUCUUCGAAUCACUAGGUUUUGGAGGGUUGAUUCCUACCACCCCGUCAUCACGAAGACUCACUAAUCAUCUGGUUGAUGUUGACAAUGUCUGGUCAAUGUCACGAGAUGAACGUAACCGCUUAUCGGCCUCGUGGGAAGAGGACAUCCGUAAGAUGGCCUAUGAGUCCAACAUCUCCGAGUUUGAGAUGCUGCGUGCCCGGUACAGGGAAGCGUGUAAAAGAUACAAUGACGCGAGAGACCAACCAAACAGCCUUGAUUGGAUGUACAACGACAGGCCAGUAUUUUUUUCUCUAAUCGCUACGGCGCUGCGAAUUAUUCUAUAUCGAACCUAUAUUACAACAGGGGCUGCAAAGCUGAUUUCAUUACUUACGGCAAUUCGCCCGAAAGUUCUCAUGGUCGAGGAGGCAGGCCAGGUUCUUGAGUCGCAUAUCAUCGCCUCGCUUGUCCCUUCAGUUGAACACAUAAUCUGCAUCGGUGAUCCCCAACAGUUGCGGCCGACGCUCACAACUUAUGCGCUGUCCAUGGAUAGUGAUACUGGUCGAGAACUCUACAAAUUCGACCGAUCACUCAUGGAGAGGCUUGCCGAUAACGGAAUGCCGAUGUCUCAAAUUCUUGUGCAGAGGCGAAUGAGACCCAGCAUCUCCCACUUUAUACGGACUAUCUUGUAUAAUAACUUGGAGGACAAUGCUAUCGUGCAUUCUUACCCUUCCGUGGUAGGUAUGCAGAAGGAUGUCUUCUUUUUCACGCAUACGUAUAAAGAAAACGGGGAAGCCGACUCUGUAUCAAAGUUCAAUGCGUUCGAGGUUGAGAUGACUCGCGAUCUAGUCAUGUAUCUUCUCAAACAAGGGCCCUAUAGUGGUCAAGGCGACAUAGCCGUUCUAUGCGCUUACCUCGGCCAACUACAGAAAGUUCGAGCUGCAUUGCGAGAUGUCAAGUUGACUGUCUCCGUUGACGAAAGAGACGAGGAUCAACUACGCAAGCAAGGUGCUGGCGAGGAUGCCGAGAGACAGUCUGAGAAUGUGUCUGUGGCCAACCAUAUCCGACUAGGUACGGUGGAUACAUUUCAAGGAGAAGAGGCAAAAAUCGUCAUAGUUUCUCUGGUAAGAAAUUCGGGAUCUUUCGAGGGAGAUUCAUCUUCUAUCGGGUUUCUGAAGAGCUCCAACCGGAUCAACGUCGCCCUCUCAAGAGCAAAACAUGGUCUGUUCAUUCUAGGUAAUGCCUCCAAUCUCCGUCAAAACAAAACUUGGGGGAAAAUCCUUGAUGAAAUGGAAGACCGAGAGCAAGUUGGACAGGGAUUUCCAAUCGUCUGUCCUCGGCAUCCUAAACAAGCCCAGAUCGUGGCAAGUCCAAAAUUGCUGAGUACAGUCGCACCUGAGGGAGGCUGCCUCCUUCCUUGCAAAGUUCGCCUUCCCUGUGGGCACAUAUGUCAAUCUGUGUGUCAUCCAGAUUUUGAUGGCCACCGGGGGAUGAUAUGUGACGAGCCGUGUACGCGCACGCCAUGUAUACGAAGACACCCAUGCCCUCUUCGUUGCUCGGAGGAUUGCGGGAAAUGCCAGUUUCCUAUAUAUAAUGUCGUUCUACCUUGUGGACAUACGGCUAAACGAGUUCCAUGUCACUCGCUCGAGAAUUUGACCUUAGUCCAGUGUGAGCAGAAGGUUGUCAAAAAGCUACCUUCAUGCGGACACUCCUUGUCCGUUUCCUGUCAUCAGGAUCCUCGCAAAGCUGUCUGCCAGGAAUUGUGUGGGGGUACGAUGUUGUGCUGUUCGAGGUCAUGCAGAUCGAAGUGCUCCGAUUGUCAACAAGUGACGAGGCCAUCUCUUCCUGAUAAUUUCGUCGGUAUCAUUACUCGAACCUCUCACGUUGAGCAUCCCUGCGAGCGGCUGCUUUACUGUCAACACAACUGUGGAUUAGCAUGCUCGCAGAAUCACGACUGUAACUCGAUGUGUGCGGGACAAUGUCGUCAAACCUGCUCGCACCACGCCUGUACAUUGCCCUGUUGGCAGCCUUGCCCACCGUGCAUGGAACCAUGCGAUUGGACCUGUGCUCAUAUGUCCUGCUCGGUUUCUUGCGGCUCGAUAUGCUCCCGUCUCCCGUGCGACCAGCCAUGUACACAUCAGUUGUCAUGUGGCCAUCCUUGUCCUUCUGUCUGCGGAGAACCUUGUGACAUACAGACGUGUGUCAUUUGUCUUCCCGAUGAUCAGAAAAAUUAUAUCGUAGAUUUCAUCAUGCAACGCACACUGGCGGAUAUCGAUACCACUUCCGCGGACACGAGCGAGCGCCUCAUCAGUCUACUUUGCGGACACACAUUCACGGUUGAAACUCUUGACGGACACUGCCGAAUGUCGGAAUUCUACGAGACGGACGGUGUCGGUCGCUACACAAGUACCAAAUCCCCGCCCAUCAACUAUCAAUCCCCGCCGUCAUGCCCCACAUGUCGCGGGCCAAUCUCAGCUUUGCGAUACGGCCGUGUUACGAAACGUGCUAAUCUCGACAUACUCGAACAGAACGUUGCGAGCACAAUGUCACAUUCCUUGGAGGAAGUGAGCCCUGAGGUUCAAAUGUUACAGUCAAGGCUCCAAUCUCUCAAAUCUAAAGCAAAGGAAAUCAAGCCGCAGGUGGUCCCUUGGGAUCUGACAAACUCUGACCGGUUGGCGAAGAUUCGCGAUAGUCAAUGCGGUCGAGAGGAUGAACCUCUUCCCCACAUCCUCUUUUCGCAAGAAAAAAUGAUCUCAACUCAUGGGUUUGGUACCCAGGAGGCUAGUAGUUGGACAGCCGUCGUUAAUGGUAUCGUCAAGGCAUACCGAAAGGUCUCUGCUGUGGCCACAACUCGCGGCCCUCAUAUCCGUGCUUAUGAAGCAGCCCUGUCUACUCUGUACCGUCUCGAACUUGCAGUGAUCGCAGUGGACUCUGCCAGAGCCACUGACGCCCCUGAGCCGCUGGCGAUGAUCGAAGUCAAUAAGAAGAUUGGACAACCGCCUCACAAAGCAGACACUCGUUUUCAGGUGGAGGCGUUCCUUCUUUCCCUUGAGCUUAGGUUCAUGCUGGCAGAAAUUUCUCAGAGUCGCGUUGAAAGCCUUGCUACAAUUUCCGACGACAAAGAUGUCAAGCAUCACAAGGAACUUUGGAAUUCGUUUACAGCAUUCAUCUAUGAUUCUUGCCUAAAUGAUUCGCAAAAGGCUCUCGUCGUUGCAGAGAGGUCGUCCGCAUCUAGGCUUGCAGCCCGGUCGGCCAUAUACGUCCUUCGUUCCGAGUUCGAGAAAUUCCGUCUAAUGAUUCUGAGGGCACGAGAUAGCCUGGCCAGGACCGGACGCCUUGACGAUGGAGAGCGCAAGCAGCUGGUGAAUAUGGUAAGCGCGCGUGCCAACGCUGCCCGUGAGUUCUUGCGGAACGUAGAGACAUCGUACAUCCGGAGCCGACCGUCAAAUUCGCUGAAGGUUCUUGGCGAGGAACUCAAGUGGUUUGAAAUUAACUGUGGACGAAAGGCAGAGAGAUACGUCCAGGAAUAUACGGAGCUUGGGACACAUCUCAUGACAGACCGAGGUUAUCAGCCAUUGUCGAUCCAGGAGAUGGCUGAUGUAGUCAAAGCGUUUGGAUUCUCACAUCGUGGCCACUUCUAUAACUGCCAGAACGGUCAUACGUUUGUCAUUGGCGAAUGCGGCGGUGCGAUGGAAGAGGCCAGGUGUCCAGAAUGUCAAGCUCCGAUCGGAGGAUCUCGCCAUAAUCUGAACAGCUCAAAUACCCGCGCAGCAGAAUAUGAAGAAAUUGCUCGGCAGCAGGGAUCGGCAAACAGCCCUUGGGCUUGGGCUCACGGGGCGUGA